AUGCGCCUGAGCUCAAAUGCUGCUCCGGCGCAUACUAGCCGCGUGAUCUUGGACAGCGACCUGACCCCUGUGGGCCUCAGUUUCCUCAUUUGUACCCUGAGUGUGUCCACGGUGAGGCUUAAUUGUAAGCAAGCUCCUGGCUCCCUCAGCACAGAGCCCGACGCGGAGAAAAGCUCCCCGCAAGGUAGCAGGCGGCAUCAUGGAUUCCGGGAGGGGGCCAGAUCACAGGUGGGGUGGGGUGGGGGUCGCCCGGGAGUCCCGCCGCCCGGCCACCGGGUCGCCGCCCUCUGCGCGGUGACGGCAGCGGAUAAGGCUCUCGCCGCAUCCCGGGCAGCGCCCCCACUCGGCGCCCGGCACGGAACUGGUGCGGGGCUGGGCCGGCCCGGAGGAGCCGGAGGGGCGGGGCCGCCGCGCCAGCUCCCCCCUCCCCGCCGCCCGUCGCCUUCUCCUCCUCGCGCUUCCCGGGCUCAGAGCGGCGGCAGCAGCGGCCGCGGCAACAGCUUUGGCUCCGGCUCCUCCCGCUCCCGCUCCCGCUCCCGCUCCGGCCCCGCUCGGCCACACGCGCCCGGGCCCCGCGCCCCGACCCCGCCGCCGCGCCUGCCGGGGGCCUCGGGUGCCCCCGCCGCCCGCCUCACGCUGAAGUUCCUGGCCGUGCUGCUGGCCGCGGGCAUGCUGGCGUUCCUCGGUGCCGUCAUCUGCAUCAUCGCCAGCGUGCCCCUGGCGGCCAGCCCGGCGCGGGCGCUGCCCGGUGGCGCCGACAACGCCUCGGCCGCCUCGGGUGCCGCCGCGUCCCCGGGCCCGCAGCGCAGCCUGAGCGCGCUGCACGGCGCGGGCGGCUCGGCCGGGCCCCCAGCGCUGCCCGGGGCUCCGGCGGCCAGCGCGCACCCACUGCCGCCCGUGCCCCUCUUCAGCCGCUUCCUGUGCACGCCGCUGGCGGCUGCCUGCCCGUCGGGGGCCGAGCAGGGGGACGCGGCGCCGAGCGAGCGCGAGGAGCUGCUGCUGCUGCAGAGCACGGCCGCGCAGCUACGCCAGACGGCGCUGCAGCAGGAAGCGCGCAUCCGCGCCGACCAGGACACCAUCCGCGAGCUCACCGGCAAGCUGGGCCGCUGCGAGAGCGGCCUGCCGCGCGGCCUCCAGGACGCCGGGCCCCGCCGCGACGCCAUGGCAGACGGGUCCUGGGACUCGCCCGCGCUCAUCCUCGAGCUGGAGGACGCCGUGCGCGCCCUCCGGGACCGCAUCGACCGCAUCGAGCAGGAGCUUCCAGCCCGGGUGAACUUCUCAGCGGCCCCGGCCCCUGCGCCCGUGGUGCCCACCGCCCUGCACUCCAAGAUGGAUGAGCUAGAGGGGCAGCUGCUGGCCAAGGUGCUGGCGCUGGAGAAGGAGCGCGUGGCCCUCAGUCACAGCAGCCAGCAGCAGCGGCAGGAAGUGGAGAAGGAGCUGGACGCCCUGCAGGACCGUGUCGCGGAACUGGAGCACGGGUCCUCAGCCUACAGUCCCCCAGAUGCCUUCAAGAUCAGCAUCCCCAUCCGCAACAACUACAUGUACGCCCGCGUGCGCAAGGCACUGCCCGAGCUCUACGCCUUCAGCGUCUGCAUGUGGCUGCGGUCCAGGUCGGGCGGCACUGGCCAGGGCACCCCCUUCUCCUACUCGGUGCCUGGGCAGGCCAACGAGAUUGUGCUGCUGGAGGCGGGCCAUGACCCCAUGGAGCUGCUGAUCAAUGACAAGGUGGCCCAGCUGCCCCUGAGCCUGAAGGACAAUGGCUGGCACCACAUCUGCCUCUCCUGGACCACAAGGGACGGCCUGUGGUCUGCCUACCAGGAUGGAGAGCUGCGGGGCUCCGGUGAGAACCUGGCCGCCUGGCACCCCAUCAAGCCUCAUGGGAUCCUUAUCCUGGGCCAAGAGCAGGAUACCCUAGGUGGCCGGUUUGAUGCCACCCAGGCCUUCGUGGGUGACAUUGCCCAGUUUAACCUCUGGGACCACACCCUGACACCUGCCCAGGUCCUGGGCAUUGCCAACUGUACGGGGCCGCUGCUGGGCAACAUCAUCCCCUGGGAAGACAAGCUGGUGGAGGCCUUUGGGGGUGCAACGAAGGCCGCCUUCGAUGUCUGCAAGGGACGGGCCAAGGCAUGAGGGGCCACCUCGUCCAGGGCCCCUCCCUUGCCUGCCAAUUCGGGGGCCUUCUGGGGGGAGGUCACAUUGCCUCCUCAGCCUACCCACAUACUGGCCUCCUUUCUUGCCCCACUCCUGGCCACGCCUCCCGUUUCCGCCACCUAUACCCACACGUCCAGAACGCCCUGCCCUUGAUGGCUGUCCCCU